AUGAUCGGGGUCCUCGCCGCCGCCGAAAUCCGCCAACUCUGCCAAGACGCCUCCCUCCCCAUCACCGACGCCUUCUCCCCCUUCGUCGCCCAAGCAACCUGGGUCGCCCUCAAAGUCGACACCUCCCGCCUCCGCGCCCUCAACACCACCUCCAAGGCCUUCUCCCAACAAGUCGGCGACCUCGUCUUCGGCGCCAAGCCCGGCUUCACCAUCCACCGCCUCAUCCUCGUGGGCGACGACAUCGACGUGUACGACGACAAGGACGUCAUGUGGGCAUUUACCACCCGCUGCCGCCCGGGGACCGACGAGGUGUUCUUCGAGGACGUUCGGGGUUUUAUGCUUAUUCCGUACAUGGGACAUGGCACCGCGGAUGCGAACAAGGGGGGCAAAGUUGUGAGUGAUGCGUUGCUUCCGGUCGAGUAUACGACGGGCAAGGACUGGGAGAAUGCCGACUUUAAGAAUGCUUACCCUCAGGGGGUCAAGGACAAGGUGUUGAGGGACUGGGAAACUCUGGGAUUCCAAAAGCUGGAGUGA